AUGGGCCUAUUCGGCUACACGCGCAUCCACGAGAGCGGCAUUGACCGCACUCUCGACACACCCACCAAAUCCAACACAUCCACUGUGCACACCCCCACUCUCGCUCCAUCCGUCUGCUCCAUCACCACCCCCACCACCUCUUCUACAGCUGACACCGACACCGCCGAUUUCUCAUGCCCACACUGUCCACGCACAUUCACCUCACGCAUCGGCCUGGUCGGUCACUUGCGAAUCCAGCGCACAGAGACCGGAGAACCAGUGCCUGGAGCACCAACCUACACCCACCAAGCUCGUCUCAACUGCCCACACUGUCCUCGCACUUUCAGGCACCGCAUGGGCCUAUUCGGCCACAUGCGCAUCCACGACGACCUGCGGUAGACAACCGCCGGUUACACCACACAUCCACACACUCCCUACCCUCAUCCACCAUCACCAACACACAUCAACACUCACCCAACGCAUGCACCAACUGCCCCCUCCCACGCAAAUGGGAAGUGUGCAUCUCGACUCGGUCCCCAUGCGGCUUCGGCCGCACGGGUGAUUUGAGUCCGAGACUAUCCCGACACGUCAAGCGUCGUGGAUAGGAAGGUUGCUGAUUGACGCCAGCUCUCGGCUCACGCAGUUCGUGGCGUUCUGUGUGUGUUGUGUGGAGUGGCGGACUGGUGGGCUGGGGACGGGCUGAAACAGCACCUUCCACGGCCCUCUCACGCAAGUGAGAGACACGCCGUUCAACCCCCGUUGUGUGAAAUCCUGGUGUCUGUUUGUGUACGGGGGCCAGGUCGUGCUGUGGCGCACGCAGGCAUGGUCAGUCGACCGUGUAAGCCGCCGCGCCCAUUUCCCACUCCAGUCUGCUGACCAGCUUGGACAGCGGCUGGGGUGUGGGGAUGGGAAGGGAGAGUGAGGUCGACGACUCGGCGCACUUCCUCCUCACUAUAAACAAUCUGAGGCGCUUGAAGCUAUCACGGUGAGCUAAAAGCCGUGGAUUGGAAGGUUACCAACUGACGGGGUACCUUGGACCUCCUCCUUUACUGGAGGCGGUCUGAGAGUCAGGCUGCAAUGGCUCCUUUUUAAUGUGGCCAUUAUGGCAUUCUCACCACUUCGUGGGAUCCGAGCCAGGCGUUGGCGGCACGCCCAGGUGCGGCUUCGGCCGUGCCAGCCUCCAAAUCUCUGUCGCGUUGAUUGAAAUCGUGGUUAUUGUUGUGUGGAUCAGGGGGUGUGGUGGAACGCCAAGGUUAGGAUCCGUCCGAGCCAUCCAUCUGCGGCCUCUCUCGUCUCCGGUCUUCUUGACUCUGUCUUGACACCGGGCCCAGGCGGGGGAGGAGGAGAGAGUGUAGGUAGAUGCCACGCAAGUCUACUGGCACUAUAAACCCCUGCGCAAGUCACCGUCCCUGCUUCCACCGCUGCUGCAGCUGUGGGGCACACGGUGGACAUCAUCGAAAUCGAUGGUCGAACUGUCGUGUCGGUUCUACGCGGACAAUUUGGGAACGGCCGAUGAGGAAAUUUUCGAUCCAUUUGAGAAGUUCGCCGCUGAUGCCUAUUAUUCUCAACUUGCACAGGAGACGUUGAUGCGGAACACUGUCGAACGCCUUCCGGAAACUAAUAUAGGCCACAUGCACAAUGUGUUUUGCGUCCAGUGCUCUUAUCCAAAUUUGCAUUUUAUAUAGCAAGUUCGUUAUGCAUGAUCUUCCCCUACGGAAACCGCAUUGCGCAUUGGACAAAAGGUUGUUGGUUUCCAAAUAAGUCAUCAAAUCCCUUUUGGUGGUUUUCUCCAUCACUUUGCAGGAGACUAAUAUCAGACUGACGAGUCUGUAGUUUGUCGCAUGAGUACGACUACCGCUUUUGUAAAGGGGUGUAAUGCAGGCCGUCUUCUGGUCUGUGGGAAGGAUUCCAACAUCAAACGAUUUAUGGCACAGAAAGGACAGUGGUCUGGCCAGCUGUUGGCCAGCUCAAAGAGCAGCUUUACUGGGAUCUCAUCCGGACCGGGAGAUUUACAUUCAUUCAAGCUUUUUAGUUCUUCCAAAUUCGCUUCUCCUCGAAACACAAUAUUUUCAAUAGCACGGUCUCACCUGUUCUCCGAAAAUAAAUGGAAUAAAGUCUGCUCCAUUUGUGAAACGGAUUGGAAAAACUGAGGAAAAUGUUCAGCUUUAUUUGUACCGUCCGAUAUCUCCAGACCGUCAUUAUUCCUCAUGACAGGAAUUUGAUUCCUGUAACGGGUGUUCGCCGCAAAUAGCUGUCGAGAAAUUUCGGAUUUUUUACGGCUCGGUGGAGCCAAUUACUCUCGAAAUCCCAUCGCCUCCUGAAAAUCAGACUUUCUACCUUAUUUCUUUGAUCUUUAUACUCUGUGAACGCUGCAUUGUUGGUGUUUUUGCGAAACUACUUCCACAACCUUCCUUUUUUGUUAAUCUCCUUUUUGAGUUCUCGUGUAAGCCACUGAAGGCGGUUGGAUGUCCUAGGCUUUGAUAAGGGACAGUGGCUAUUCAUUAAGUGCAACAACCGAUCCUUGAAUAAAUUCCAAUCUUCGUUAACGUUUCCGGAGAAGAGAACAUCCCAGUCUAUUUAUGAUGCCUCAGCUCUCAUUUGGCAAAAGUCCCCUUUCCAUAUAUUUAGCCUCGUAUCGUCUUUUGUAUACGGUUAAGAGUGCAGUUCGUAGUCCCAUAAAAGUACUGCGUGAUCACUUCGGCCGAGCGAAGGUAGACAAUACACUUAUGUCAAACUGUCAGGAUUUUUGGUGAAGACAAGUCCCAGACAACUGGCCUGUUGCCCUCCACGCGAUCUAGUUGAGAACAGGACAUCUUGCGUGAGAAGAGCUUCUAGGCUUGUCCUUAGUUGACGGUAAUCGAAGGCAUUCUUCAAGCACUUAGAAUGCGUAUCGCUCCAUUGAAUACAGGGUGCAUUAAAAUCCGCAUGAGAACAACGUCUGGUCGACCGGCGAUCUCUUUUAUGCUUUCUUGUAGACAAGUAUCUGGGUCGGGAUCUGACUGCGGGGGCGGCUAGAUAGUUACGAAUUCGAGGGUCUGAGACCCCCGCACCAUUAUAGUCAGCCAAAUUGUUUCUGUGUCAUCGGAAAUGUUGUCGGCCCUCACACGCUCUUUAUUCGCUCUUGAAAUGCCUGGCAACUCCUCCACCCCGACGGCCUCUGCUGUCUCUCCUAAACAAUUGGUAUCCUGUUAGUGCUACCUCGCAAUCACUUACGUUCUCUGACAGACAAGUUUUUGUUAUUGCUAUAACAUCCGGAGGGGUAUCGGCUACCUGUAUUCUCAGUUCUUCAAGCUUGGAAAAUAGACUCUGAGCAUUAGUGUAAGGGAAGUUAUGUUUGCAACAUUUGACAGUGCUUCGCUCGAUUUGUCACGGGUUUGCUAAUAUUAUGUUGCUGCCGCCAUCAUGAUGACUGGCUGGUUCCAGAGGUGAUAAAGCAUGUUUAUUUGUAUAACUGAAACCUAGAUCCUUUUUGGUUAAGCAUUCUGAAAGUGGUUUAUUCUAAAAAAAUAUAGGACCAGAAUGUUUGGCAGGACCAAAGGACAUGAAUCUACACUUGGACGAUGACAACUCUAUCUUCCAUGUUGAACUCCAUCUGUUUAAGCGUAGUAAAUCGACAAUAAUUUCUUCAACGCAAACAUUUGCGGUGCCCUUAGAAUAUGAGUAAAAACACUUGAGGUCAUCGGCAUAAAUAAAAGUUUGCGAAUUUCCGAGGUUAGUCGAUAUAUCAUUAAUGUAAAGAAGGAAGAGAAGCGGCCUGUAGUGGAAAGCCACAGUGGCAACGUCGCGCCUCUCGUUAGCGCCUGCACCUACGCCCUGGCGACAGCCUGCUAUGGCACGCCCGUCUGCCCGGCUUCGAUUUGUCUCGGUGCAAUUCACUGUCCGCCCCACGCACCUGGUCGAUUCUCUGCCUGCACCAUGCGAGGUUCGUCACUACCCUUGCAGUCGAUCAACGUAACCUCCUCUCGCUGAUUGGUACACUGGCGGAAACAGCCCAGAAUACUAGCGUAAACAAUCUGCCACGUCAAUUUUGCAGCGGCGGCCUUCGGCGAAACACGGCUCGUCGCUCUCACGGACGUCGCCUACGAGACGCCGGACGCAUCGUCGUCCGGUUGCCACCUUCCCUUUAUUAUUCUGUACAGAACAAAUAAAUCAUUUUCCUCUUCAACUGGCGUUCCGCUUCUCCCAACAUGGGAUAUGGCCUGAAGUUGUGGCGUACUGAGCGUACACCAUCACCGCUUAGCCGCUAUAGGACCCAGAAACGUGCCUUGAAGUACGCCACUAGUGAUCUAGUGAGACGUAAAGUAGAUAUUAGCGAUCAUGAGUUUCUGAUAUCCUUUGGAUAUAUAGGACUGGAUGAAGUCGAGUAGAGUAGGCCGGAUGCCGAGAGCUUCCAAUUUUGUCAAAACGCGUCUAUAGGGCACCUCAUCGAGGGCUUUGCUAAGAUCAAAUAAUACAGCUAUCACUGAAUGCUGUUCAUUACGAAGAGAAGUAAUUAGAUUAAGAAAUGUCAUGUGGCGAGUUUUUCAAGAUCGUUCGGUAAAAAUCCAUAUUGAUUGGAGUUAAGAAGCCGGUUAGAUAGACAGGCGCCGAGAAUUUCAUUGAAAAUAAUCCUUUCAAGAUGUUUUGAGAGAGACGGUGUUUUGUGCACGCCCCGAUAUUUUUAACAUCGGAUCGAGAUCCAGACAUGGAGGUAGGGAUGAUAACUGACGUCUUCAUGCUUCAGAAAAGAAUCUUUUUGAAAUAUAAACCGAGUGUAUAAUUCCUGGUAAAUUGAGUCACGCGCAUAAGCCGAAACAGAUUCCGGUGUAUAUACGGUACUAUUGAUAGAAUAAGGUAAUAUUGAAAAACGUACAAACCUCAACAAUGGAUACCCUAGACAAAGCACUCCUUUGUUACUGUUCGAGCAAAUCCAAUUCCCAACUCAGGGUCAGAACACAAAAACUAUUUGAUUAAAAUAACGCCGAUCACGCUCGAAAGAGGGUUACAAAAAGGGUGAAGGGGUCUGUCAACAGGGGUCAAGUGCGGAAGCACUUGCGAGGAGGGGUUGGAGAAUUCCAAGCGUUAACCAGAUGGAUACAACACCGAGAAUAAAUGAUAAAGCAGUAUGGAAAGAUCUGAUGCCUGUUUGAUAAUCGAAUUUGGAAUCCCGUCCGUUCUCGAGCAGUGUAAGUUUGCCAAACGACUUAUGACUUUCUUUACGGAGAUCUGAGGUGACAUCGAUUGUACUCAGUGUCCUAUCUGAAAGCGAAGGAAAGAAACUGACCGGUCCGGACUCACUUGUAAGGUGUUUUUCAAAGAAGGCACCAGACAACUCCGCCUUGUCAGUGUCAUCGAUGAGGAAGACUUUGUUAUCAUUUAACAGGGGUGGAAGUUCGUGACCACUCUUAGAGGAGGACCGAUGAUGGAAGAUGUUAGCGACGGAUUUGUCAGAGUUCGAAUCACUGAGGGCAAGUGAUUCUCUUUGCCUGUCGCGCGCUUGGCGCAUCCUUGAGGCCAUCUCAAAAAUCUUUGUGAUUCUAAGACGAACUGAUAAGGAACUAGUGGAUGGGUCACGCAGCUGCCGUCUCAACCUUUUUAGUCUGUUCGAAAGAAAAUGAGGAACAAGGGAAUCUGAGGAAUUAGGCUUGAGAUAUCUACGCGUCACAAACUGUAGGAUGUCUUUGGAAACAUUGGAUAUGACAUCAGAAGAGUGGUUGCAUCGCUACGGGAGAGGAAGCCACACCAAUCCAAUGAUCUAAUAUAUCUAGUUAUUAAGUCGUCAUUUACGCAAUCGUAGUUUAGGUAAGUCCGAACCGUGUUGGACUUUUUUGAAAUUGCAAGCGGUAAGCAACAAUGAAUUAUUACGUGGUCACUGUCAAAGAGGUCCUUUUCGAGAGCAAUGAAAAGAGGGGCAAUGUCAUCGGUAAAGAUUAGAUGCAAAUCGUAGUUAUCUCUUGUUGGAGAGAGCACAAGUUGGGACCAGUUGGCAGAAUUGAAAAUAUCUUGAAAGGGCUGAAACAGGGCGGCUGGGGCCUAAGUUACAUGAUGUAUUCAGCAUUCAGUAUUCAGUAUAUAUAAGGUAAAUAGGCAUGGCCUUUGAAAACCCUAUUUACAGACAUAGACUGUAUUGCGACACUUAAGCCCCACCAAAUAUGUACAAACCAAUGCUUUGGGCAACGCUCCAGACGAUUGAAAUUUUUGAGUUAGUGUAUGCCUGAGUAGUCUAUAACUCAUGACACGCUUAUAGCCAAAGUCAUUUAUAUUCCCCUAGGAAGUUGUAUGAAACACGUAAAACUGCGGAUGGUUCUACGCUCUCACCUAGUCUCAUAGGCGGUCGGGCUCUUUCAGCGGGCUUCUUCUAUGGUUAGUGCAAUAAAUCGCACUCUGCGAUAAUUCGAGAUCAAGUUCGUCCGCACUGCCAGUUACGCGACCUUGAUCUUUCGUUCGUCACGACGCCAGAAGACCUACUUCCUGGUGUUUAAGGAACUUCUGUAGUGGGCAGCCGUCAUGACCUGUCUGGCGUCAUUGUUCAAGAGCUUACUGCUCCAAGGUCAUUUACCCUUUUGCAGUAAGCACUUCAAGACGCGCUGACCUGAAGUCACUUGACUGGCAGCUCCGGCAUACAUGCGUCCGCAUAGCCGCAGCUGCCUGCACCUCCCCCGCUGGGACACCAUCCCUUGACAAAUGCAACACACUGACUGGACAACACUUGAGCUUGAACCACGAGCAUACAAAAGCAGCUGCCACUAGUGUCCCAGAGACCCUCAGGCAUGACUGGACGCAGUCAACAACAACCCUGUCUUCGCCAGAGGUCCCUGCCGCCUGAGAGGGCAACUCUGUGCUCUGGGCACGAUAAACCCCUUAAUCUAGUGUCUUUUUUCUUCUCCUGCCAACAUAGGAUUUGCCCUGAUUAUGGAGGUGCAAAGACCACCCACUCACACCGCUUUUUCAGUAUAAUUCAGUAUAAAUGAGGGAUAGAGGCAGAGCCUUUGAAAACCCUAUUUACAGAUAGACGUAUGAAAAAACCUGUAGAUAUUUACAUAGCAGUUAUGUCAGUCAUUGAUAUCAUGUAAAUUUUUGACCAUCAAGCAUAAAUUAACCAGUCUUCUUUAGAAAGUCUCGACGUUUUUCGCUAAGACAACGGAGUUUGGCAAUUUGUUCCAUCCCUCAACCAGCCGGUGGGAGAAGAAUUUGGCUUGCAAAUCGAGUAUGGAAUAUUUGGUCUUCAAUUUGUAUUGAUGCCCUCGAAGAUUUGUCUUCCGCGCCGGUUCGAAGGAAUCGUCAAACUGAAGAGCACAGUCUGGCCCUCGGACGAUCCUGAAGGCCAUGAUCAUAUCCCUUCUGUCUUGUCCAUAAGAGAGGAAAUAUUUUAGCUUCUCCAGUCGUCUCCCAUAAGGUAAGCUACUAAAUCUGCCGACUAGCUUAGUCGCUCUUCGUUGUACAUUCUCCAGUAGGGUGUAAUCUUUUUUCGUCCAGGGACACCAUGCCUGGACACAAUAUUCCAACAUUGGUCGAACGUAUGCGCCAAAUACUCGGCCGAAGAGUUCUUCAUCAAAAUUGACGAAGGAUCGUCUAAUCGCGUCUAGAAUACUCAUAGCUUUCUUUGAUACCUUGGUGCAGUGAGACGAUGGUUUGAGAGUUGACGUCAUCCACACACCGAGGUCUCUUAACUCGUUAACUGAUUCGAGUUGCUGACCUAUAAAGUACUGAGAUUCAAAUCUCAACGGCCUCCUGUUGCUCGAACGUAAUCGGAUAAGUUGGCAUUUGUUACGAUUGAGGCUAAGACACCACUCAUCACACCAUUUUUGCAAGCGAUUCAAAUUGUCUUGUAACCGUGCAGAGUCUUCCGGUUUCUCUAUUGAUUUUCGCAAUUUGAGAUCGUCGGUAAACAUUACGCGCUCGCAGUUCAGACAGUCCAGGCAGUCGUUCACAUAUAUUUAAAACAGGAUUGGACCCAGAACGCUUCCCUGCGGAACGACACUGUGCACGGAUGCCCAAUUCGAUUUAGCGUUUCCGAUAUACACAAGCUGAGAUCUGCCCGUAAGAAAAUCGGCUAGCCAUUUCGAAAGAUUUCCAUUCACACCCACUUGACGUAGUUUAAAUAUAAGUCGUCUGUGUAGAGCACUGUCAAAAGCCGUUUUGAAUUCAUUAUACGCGGCGUCGACUGAUAAGCCCAUGUCGACUGAUUUCGUCCAGCUCUCCAUGGAUACUAGGAGGUUAGUGAGACAGGAUCGACCCCUUCGAAAUCCAUGCUGAUGUAAACUGAACAAGUUGUUUUCUUCGAGGUGCCGCAUAAAUUCCGUUUUUGUUACUUUUUCCAUCAACUUCCAACAGAUGUUUGUGAGACUCACUGGUCUGAAACUAUUUGGGGCUGUUCUCUCGCCACCUUUAUAUAUUGGGUUUAUAUUUGCUUUUUUCCAGUCGGUAGGCAAAGCUCCGGUCUCCAUCGAAGUUCUGAAGAUCCUGGAUAGCGGAGAGGCUAGUUGGUCUGAGUUCAUUCAGGACAUUUGCGAACACGCCGUCCGGACCAGGGGAUUUAGUGGGUUGUAGUUGACUCAGAGUUUUCGUUACCGUGUCUGUUGUGAAGACGACCGUGCUUAUUUUAUUGCUUUAUUUGACAAUUAGGGGUAAACUCUUUCAUCAAAAGCCGGCUCCUAGGUAUGCACAGACGUGAAGAAGUCGGACAACAUAUUCGCCUUAUCUGACUUGUCAGACAACGUGUUGCCCUGGCGAUCCUUUAGGCAGGGAAUGCAGUCCCGGCUGCGUUUUGCCAUAUUCACGUAUCCAAAGAAUGUUUCUGAAUUUUGCGGGAUAUUUUUGAGUAGUUUUGACUUAAAGUGUGUCCGUUCCCUCCUCAACAUAUUCCGACAUACAUUCCUUUGUUUUUUGAAGUCAGUGAAAUGCUCUGGUUGCUGAUAUCUGGCGUAAUUUUUCCAAAGUCUCCUUUUUAAUUUAAGGUUCUUCUUUAUUUCUGACCUCACCCACUCCGGUCGGGAAGUGCGCAGAUUCCUCUAAAUUGGGCAACAGCUCUCUACUAAGUAUUGCAUUAUGUUCGUGAAGAAGAACUAAUCGCUUUCUGGGUCAGAUCCUUAUGCUGCAUUCCAGUUCACCUUCUGUAUCAGGUUUCUCAUUCGGGUAUAAUCACCUUUCCAUACAUUUCUUUCCUCGGCAGCUCGAAUUUCGGGUAUAGAAAAAUGACUAUACUAUCUGGAAACCAUCUAGCAUAUCUUCCGCAUCUUCUGUCUGCGCAUUUAACCAUGUUUCUGUUAAAGCUAUCAAGUCGAGUUGAAAAUGGGCCACGGUGAGUUUUACCUCAUCCAAUUUGUUGACUAAACUCUGCGCGUUUGUGUACACCAUUUUUAUGUUAUUCGGCUGUUUAGAUCUCUGGAACUUGUUUGCUGGUGCUUUGACUGAUAGUUAUUACGGCAUAUGUGACAUGGCGUACCAAGUCCACUAUCGAUUGUGAAUUUACUGAAGUUCGUCGGAACCGAGUGCCGGUGCUUUUACCGUCAACGUCACCGGAUGAUUCUACAAGAAGGAAGGCUCAAUUUUUACAAUUUGGUUGUUUGUCAUUUUCAGAUUCACUUGGUCACAACACCUCUCCGUCCUAUAUGUAAUCGUCGUUCAGCGGACGGACUGCGGUGCUGAUAAAUACUUUAUUUAUUGAUGACUUUAUUUCCGUUUAUCGAUAUGAAUAGGGAGCUCAAGGGCGAAAGCCUCAUUCCCUUAAUAAACUGACUUAAACUGACUUCAAGUUGCCCAAAUCCUUUCCAGCAUUAAUAACUUUAGUUAGUACGGUUAGGCAGCCAGCAAAACUGUCGUCCGCAUACAUGACAUGUGCCAUUGUUCUCAAGUAAUUUUUCGAGAGUACCUGGGUACGACGGAAGAUGUGACGGAAUAAAUAAACCGGAAAUAAAUAAAGAAGAAAAUAAAGAAAAUAAAUCAAUUGUGAGUUUUGCAGGUCCUGUAGAAUAAUUGAAAAAUAAGUGAUCUGGUGGAGAUUUUAUAAUUCCUGCGAAGGUGUCAGUGCAGCCCUUCGGAUAUGCAUCUACGAAUUGCGCGAACUGAGAAAAUGAUAACGUUAUGUUGCAGCGAUGUUCGCUAGAGCCUAAUAACAAAAGAUGCAGAAAGGAAUGGGGUCAAAGUUUCGAGGCAGGUUCAAUGUGUUCAUUCUAGGUAAAUUAACACCGCGACAUGGACGUACUAACGUCCUGUUUUGUGUGUUUUGGAGCUUUGAUGUCACCAUAAAAUGGAAGAAUCCCCGUUAUUCGGGACUAGGUGUGCUCGCCUUGUGAACUGUCGACAAUUUUCGAAGUCCAAAUUCGAAGUUCGGCAACAUGCAGCAUGUUUUGUUGGUCCAUUGAUAUCCAUUACCUCCAUCCUCCGCGCGAAGAUGACUGACUCAUGUUGGGGUACAACCAUUGACGCUCAUAGAGCACUUACUAAAAGACAACAGAUUUGGAAGUCCUGGUCUCUGGAUUAACCCGUUGUUUUUAACUAAGAGUGAUUUUGCUGCGUCAAACCUGAACCUCGAAAGCCGCCUUAUUUUAGAGGAAGCAUUGGUAAAGAGCCUCGUCAGGAGAUGUAACGUUCGCUUAUUGUAAUUCGUUUUAUGUAGCAGGAGCAAAUUAGAGUGCAAAUAUCAUCCUUAUGCUGUCCUCAUUGAAGAUGCGCACGCCGGGGACAUGGUUUGCUCACUGUGCGGCUUAGUUGUUGCAGACAGGUGGGUAAUAAAUAUGGAAUUCACAGCACGUAUGAAACCCGUCUGACCUUUGUACGUUUUAUUCUGUGCUAAUUUUCACUAAGAACUCAGUCGCAAGUUUUGUUUUUUCCUCCAGAAUUAUUGAUGUUGGAUCUGAAUGGCGAACAUUCUCAAAUGACGCCAAUGCGAAAGAUAACUCCCGAGUGGGCGCGGCGGAGAAUCCUCUUUUUGAAGGGAAAGAUCUUUCUACUAUGAUAAGCGCCCCGUCCAGAUCCGAUCCACGGCAUCUUGAUGAUCAAGGACGGCCUCUGUACCGAAAUAAGAGGAGUGUUUCUGGCCCAGAUAGAGCUCUGAUUACUGCAUUUAGAGAGAUAAGCCAGAUGGCUGAACGCCUGAAUCUACCGAAGACCAUAUCGGUGAGCGUUAAGUUAAUCUAGUAGCAUGGAUUCUCUGUUCUUGUGUUUUUUCUCAUUUUCUUCGUUCGUUAACCAUGUUCUUUGUUGCUGGGUCAGUACCAUUUGAACUCGUUAAAGGGGUUCCAAGACCAACAUUCCUUGUUUGUGGUCUCGAAACUGUUUUAUUUUUUUAAACCGUCCUUACUCUGAACGGUUUUGACGACCAAAACUACAUAGGACUUUUCUAAUUACGGCUUCCCCGGAAAUGCAACCUAUCUGUUUAUAUUUAGUCUUAUCUGCUUUACCAUUUUGGACCACCUACUGAGAUCGGUUGGCCUAACACAAAAUACAUUUUAGGACCGAGCCAAUCUACUGUUUAAACAAGUCUAUGAAACAAGAAAUCUGCGUGGCCGAAGUAACGAUGCCGUCUCAACUGCUUGUCUUUAUAUGGCCUGCCGGCAAGAGAAAGUCCCUCGCACAUUCAAAGGUGCCGUAUACCGCUUCCUAACAGUUUUCACUUUGCACCCCUUUUAGUUCCACGGACUAUUUAAUUUCACUUUGUUCGCUAACUUUAUGUUCUAUGACGCAAUGUGUUUUCAAGUUUCCCUAUGUUAAGUUUGCGUCCAGCAGUUCUGUCUUGCAUUUUGGUCGGUAAAGAAAUGUAUUUUUCAGGUUUCAGUCGGAUUCCCUGUUGUAAAAUAGUCUUUCCAAUUGCAUUUUCACUAUCCAGCAGUUUCUUAUUUGUCAUAUUAUCUUUUCAGAGGUAUGUGCCGUCUCAAAGGUCUCGAAGAAGGAAAUUGGCAAGGUUUUCAAGAAGAUCCUCAACAUUCUGGAAACCAACGUCCAAGCCGUCACAGUUGAUGAUUUUAUGUCCCGAUUUUGUGCAAACCUACAUCUUAACAUAACUGUGCAGCAAGUGGCAAACGUUGUUGCUCGGCGCGCCUUGAAUCUAAACCUGGUGUCAGGUCGAAGUCCGGUGUCCGUCGCCGCCGCUGCUAUAUACAUGGCAGCCUACGCCCUAGGUUGUCGCAAGGAAAAGCGAGGCGAGUACAUGUUCUUUUUCUGUCAUUUUUCUAUUCUUUUCUACGUAGGGAGGAAGUCAUACACCAAUUUUGUUUUUGAAAAACCUAGCAGUGUGCCCGCCAUCGUGGUUGCUAGGCCCAGAAGCAGUCCACAAGGGCUCGAUUCUGCGUAGGUCGGGACUUUGUGCGCCUCCCAUAAUCUUUCGUACACGCCUAACUAUUUAGAUCCCAGUUAAUAGAUGAUUCUCACAGCCAGUACGGAUAAGGUUAGCUUAAGUAAAGAUACCGUUCGCGUCAAGCCAAAUUUUCAUUUGAGUACUGCGACUCGCAAAUCUCUUGGGCGACCUAGAGUAGUGCAGGUUGUUCUUUUCAUUACACCUCGUCAUGCGCACUAGUGGGUAACUCAACUAUGAUUCGUCUUGAUACAACGUGCAUCUUGCUACCAUCAACAAGCUGUUCUGCUGGUCAAGAACAACUUCACGAAAUAGGUGCGCGACUCACUUUAGCGUAUUCUUCGUCGUAAAGAGGACCGCUUCGAAAACCUGCGUAAUUUCCCACGGGAAAUCGAUGACCAUCUCCCCUUAACGCGGCUUUCGCUUCACAGACAGAACUUUGACGCCAUCACUGGAGCCUGCGCCUUAAAAGGGCUACGAUUUUCCGAUAGGGAAAAAUUGCAUGAAUGUCUGCAAAUCCUCACCCUGCGAGUGCGGAAGAAAGACUGAUUAAUUGAUCUUGACGACCAAAACAAGCGAAUGGGGACAGACGGCGCCACCUGGGAGUGUGUUUAACCACCACGGAAUAAGUUAUCGCGGCAAACACAGACUUUUAUCACAGAUGACCCCUCCUUGCGUAAGCAACUUUUCGCCUCUCAAACCACAGAAAACCGUUCGCGUCACUGGUAUCUUCUGGACUACGUGCUCGUCAGGAGACGAGUUUGCAUUGACAGCCGAGUUGUGGCAGUAAAUGUUGAACCGCCCGAACGACUGUCCAUCCAAUCAUUAAGGCAGAUUCAGGAGCAAACAGUAUCAAGUAGGCUAGGCACGUCAACAGUAGGUCUGACUGAUUGCAGACCAAGCUUCAACAGCAAAAUAGACUCCAGUGCUGAAUAACUAGAAGUCCUCAGGAAAGAGGAUUUUGAAAACAAACAUUAGAAACAAAAGGACACCAUCCAUACUAUUGUCAUGGAAGCCCACUAGCGUCAGGAUCAGCUUGACGACAACAGAGGGGAAAUUCGGUUGUCUUCCUCUAUGCCGACUACAUGCAAUCACCGGACUUCCUCACAAAGUUACGCCAACUAUGGCAAACGGAAUAAAUUUUCUGCGAUCAUCACGGCGAUAUGCGGGCCCCAACUUACCAGGGAUGCUCUGCUGUUCAGUUUAGUUUGGACAAUUCAACUGUCGGGAAAACCACUGAUCUUGGAGCGCUAGGCUGAGCACUUAAACUCCCCCCCUCAGGUCGAAGUCAGUGCUAACCUAAACCGCUCUUCCAUCACUCUCCUUACCCUGAAGACGAUUAGAGCGUUGUAACAGAUGUUCAGCAGAAAGUCCGCGUAUGUCGACUUGAUUUUGACUGAAGUCCAAACUUACGGUGGUCUUCGGCCGUCAGACAAGCUGACAUCAUGGAAGUCCCAACAAGGAAAAAGAAACUAGAAGUAUGUGAUGAUUACAAUGAUGUCUCUUCCUCGGUAUCUACGGUUAGAUGUCCACCCACGUUGCCCUGAAUCGCUCGUGUAACAAGGUCGUCAAAAUGUUUGGAGUAAAGACUGCUUCGCAUGACGAGAGGGUAUAGUCGCAUGCAUCAAUUUUUUGCCCCUUGGCCCCUUGCAGUGAUCCAGAGAACGACUCACAUUCGUCCGGUAUUGAAGAUCGGGAAGCAUCCCAAAUGGUUUAGACCCACGAUUUGUGCGACUGAAAGAACCCUUACCACUCGUCUUUGUUUCGAUCUGCAGGAAAACCGCCUAAUUGUGCACAAUCGGCCCGACUUUAGGCCGAAGCGUAGUACCAUAAACUGUCACAAUCCACUAAUAUGGGUCUUCCAGAGGAGGCAAAUGCAUUGCACGUUAUUUAUGCCAAUGGACGUUCAUCGCUACCUGGUCAGACACGUUGUUAUGUAAGAUGAUAGAAAACGGUAUACCGUCUCACUUCGCUCUCCGAAACUAGCCUCCAACAGGACUAACUUCGCCACUUUCAUUGGAACAUAAAGUAGGAAGGUGAUCUCUAAACACAGCGUCCCGCGAGACGCUGCUUUCGCAGUUGCUCUUUCUGGUUUACCGCGGCACUGCAGAGAGGAGCACAGUAAUAAAGUCCUCUACCGUUCUCUUGCGGCAAUUUGGACACGUGGUAAGUCCCUACUAGGGGGCUCGAACGAAGCUAUGGACUACAACGAGCAUCCAGACCCGCCAGUGUCUCAGCUCCAAGGCCAAUCAAGGAUGUCCGUUUCCAUCCAGCAAUCGGGAUAAAUCGGUGGACGCCGGUCCAUUGUAGUAUCUUCGGCAUAACAGCAAGAAUAUUGCGCAGAAUUACGAGCUCGUUCAUCGGUUUCCGUCUGUGUACAGUACUGAGAAUACUACAACUCCCACGAUCCUUUUCUCCGCUUCAGACGAGGUUCAUUCUGCCACAUCUCCGACGUCAGACCGGGGCAUCGCCGCUUAUUGCUGUUCGAUUAAAUAAGGAUUUUAGUCGUUUUGAGCCAGUGCUAGUGAUCAGGUUUAAACGAAUACGCACUCUGGAUGAAUUCCGUCAGGUCCGCUGACUGUUGGGACACGCAUUCACUGCCACCAUUAUGGUCUGUCGUUAAUCCUGGCCUAUAGCAGUGAUCUGCUGGUAUCGCGUCCGGCAUAGUCGGACGGAGACCUGCAUUCAAGGACGUUGGUUGGGCUCGAUAGAGAGAGCCCGUAAAGCACAACGGAAGGAGUGAGUUACGUAAGAACGAUCGAUGAGCGUCCCGUACCACUGUAUAUUCCCGAUCGAAAACCGACAGGGCAGCGGGCUCGUGGCCCAGUGGUUAGAGGCCUCGAGUGUUCCACACUUUGGGGUUGGGUAUGACUGGCUGACGACGGGUAAUAAGCCAGAAAUGGCCAUUCCAGUCUCCCUUGUCUUUGUCGGUAAUAACAUUCUGUCUGUAUCAUGCGCCGCUGCGCCUCUGCUGGUUGGGCUCGAGAGAGAGCCCGUAAGGCACAUGGGAACGAGUGAGUUCCGUAAAAACGAUCGAUGAGCGCCCCGUACCAUUAGACGUUCAUUUUCCUGUUUUUUCGUGUGCCUGCUAGCCUCAAGUAUCAGUUUACGGGCCACUUCUUCUCGAAUAAUUGUUUACUGAAAUUCCCCAAACUGAUGUUCAACAGGAUUUAAAAUUGUAAGGGAUUUUAACUUUCUCCUUUCAGAAAUUGGAGAGGUGGCGGGCUGCGCCGAGGCUACGAUCACCUGCACCUACCGUGCUAUGCAUGCACGUGCGUCGGAGCUCUUUCCUGACGAUGUGCGCUUGGCAGUUCGACCGGAACAAUUUCAACUUUAG